AUGCUGACUAGAACAUGUAGGCAGAUCACUAUUUCCAUCAACACCAUUGAUGCCCCUCAAGUUACCCUCGAGCAAGACUUCCUGACGGCCGAUGUCGGUCCGCAUAUGACUAUCGCCGAUCUUAAAGGCUACAUUGAGAGUGAGACGAAUAUUUCGGCAGCGGCUCAAAGAAUCUACUAUGGAAAUCAAGAGCUUGUCGAUGAUUCCAGAACUCUGCAGCAAUGCGAAAUGACCAAUGAUUCCAUGCUCGGUGUGCAAGUUCGGAACCCACAGGCGCCAUCUGUUGGCUCGAGUCGACCGGUGCGGACACAGCGACGAGGCCCGGUUCAGGCUGGUUCACGUCAAAGUGCACAGGCAGACCCUGAGAUGAUACGUCUACAAGCUAUGGGAAACCCAAAUAUCCUCGCGACGAUCCGAGCAUCAGAUCCUGAUCUUGCAAAUGCCGUACAAGAUCCGGCUCGCUUCCAGCAAAUAUUUGAGGAGAAGCUAAGACAAAAAGUCGAGAUGGACGCCGAAAUUCAACGGAGAAAUGACUUGCUUUCCGCUGAUCCGUUCAAUGUUGACGCCCAACGCGAGAUCGAAGAAAUGAUACGGCAAGAAGGGGUGAUAGAGAACCUGCAUAACGCGAUGGAACACAAUCCGGAAGUCUUCGCUCGGGUACACAUGCUAUACAUACCAGUCGAAGUCAAUCAGCAUAAGGUUAAGGCUUUUGUCGACUCCGGAGCUCAGACAACGAUCAUGUCCCCUUCCUGCGCAGAAAAGUGCGGCAUCUAUCGCCUCCUCGACAAACGCUACGCUGGGAUUGCUAGAGGUGUCGGCACUGCCAAAAUUCUUGGCCGUGUGCACAGUGCGAUCAUAAAGAUUGGAACUUCGUUUCUGCCAUGCAGCUUCACCGUCAUGGAAGGUAAAGACGUUGACCUACUGCUUGGAUUGGACAUGCUGAAGAAGCAUCAAGCCUGCAUAGAUCUCCAGAAGGGAAAGCUGAUAAUCCAGGGCGACGAAGUUGAAUUCCUUGGUGAAGCUGACAUCCCCAGGUAUGAGGAUGUCUACAAAAAUGAGCCUACGAUCGAGGGCCCGGCAGGCACGAGGACUGGUGCUAUUUCGGGUACCGUUACUCAAGGUGCUUCAAGCGCUGGUGCCAGCCAAGUGACUGCGAUCGGGCCAUCAGCUUCAGCCAGCUCACCAUCAGGACCUGGUAGCACGCAACAGUCUCAGUCAACGACUGGCCCGGCAUCGUUCCCAAAGGAAGAUAUUGAACAGCUGACGAACAUGGGCUUUACCAAGCAGGAGGCAAUCCAUGCGUUGGAAAUGGCAGGAGGCGAUGUGGAAAUGGCUGCUGGGCUUUUAUUGUGA